CCGGACCGGACUGGAGAAAGUCUAUUCGUGGGUUUUGGCUCUACACCAAACACAGCACCCAAAUUUUCCAGUUUCAAAGAAAGGGGGGAAAAAUAGGCAGAGGAUAUGCAAUUGAAUAAACAGCUAAAUCCAAAGAUCUCCCUCUUUUUACUUCGAUAUCGUCAGACUACACUAUGAGCGCCGAAGAACAGAAGGUCACCAAGAACCCUAUGCGUAACCUCAAGAUUGAAAAGUUGGUUCUCAACAUUUGUGUUGGUGAAUCCGGCGAUAGAUUGACUCGUGCUGCUAAGGUGCUCGAACAAUUGACUGGUCAAACUCCCGUCUACUCCAAGGCCCGUUACACUGUCCGUACCUUCUCUAUCCGUCGUAACGAAAAGAUUGCUGUUCACGUCACUGUUCGUGGUCCCAAGGCCGAAGAAAUCCUUGAACGUGGUUUGAAGGUUAAGGAAUAUGAACUCAAGGCUCGUAACUUCUCUGAAACCGGUAACUUCGGUUUCGGUAUUGACGAACACAUUGAUUUGGGUAUCAAGUAUGAUCCCUCUAUUGGUAUCUACGGUAUGGAUUAUUAUGUUGUUAUGGGUCGCCCUGGUUUCCGUGUUUCUCGCAGAAAGCACUGUAAGGCCAAGGUUGGUACUAACCACCGUAUCACCAAGGAAGAAGCUCAAGAAUGGUUCAAGCAACGUUUCGAUGGUGUUAUCUCUUACAAGAACUAAAUUAACUGACUAUGAAUCUUCUCCUUCACCUCACUACUACUAUUUCGGCUUAAAAUAAAAAGUUUAUGCUCCUAUAUUUUAUUGCACCACCAAUUCACUGUACAUGGGGCGUUUCAUUGCUUGGAGCUAUGAGUUUUUGCUGGGUAAUUAUGUUUGCAGGUGAGGAAACCUGAUUCAUUUGCAUUUUCGGUAGUCGGAGGAGGCAAGAUGUUAUUAGAGGCGACUGAGAUCUUGUAUAAGCAUUCCAAUCAUUUGAGCAUCGAGGGAUAUAAUUAGAAAGUGUAACUUUUUAGCUGAUA